AUGUUCCUGGCAAUUGAAGAGCAGGUCCCUGCCACCCUGGCCCUAAUAAAGGGCAUAAAAGAUUCUGGUGGCCAUCAACACUUGAGUAAGUUGACCCAAAAUUUGGAUGACCCUUCAGGACUGGGGUCAUUCUGCAUCUCUGCUGAACAGGAGAAAGGGAGAAGAGGGGAUGAUGAUGGAGGAGACAGACAGCAGUACUGGCGAAGAUUUCAAUCACAGGUGAUGGAUCCAUAUUUGGAUGGCCUCAUUGCCUGUCUCAAGGGGUGUUUUUGUGAGGUUGGAGUCAUGGCUGCAUUUGGGAUACUCAGUCCACAAGCAGCUACAAUCACUGAUGACACUGCACAUGAUAAACUGAACACACUGGUAAAGAAGUUUUGUUCCCACGUCGACCACGACACAGUCCAUAAUGAAUGGGCCUCUUUUAAGAAGCAAGUGGUCUCUGGUCCAUUCAAGGACAAGACACAGCUGGCCAUAUUGUCUGAACUGUCCUCAAAAUAUGAGGAGUAUGGUAACCUGUACCCAACUCUGAGCCUGCUGGCUUCCAUUGCCUUGACGGUCCCACUCAGCAGCGUAAACUGUGAGAGGGACUUCUCAACCAUGAACAGGGUCAAGACAAACAUCCGCAAUUGACUGCAAGGACGCCAUCUUGCAGCCUGCACGCGGAUGUCGAUAAAUGGGCCAGAUGUUUCUGACUUCCCAUAUCAAGAGGCUCUGAAAAUGUUCUUCCAGAAGCCCAGAAAGAUACACUGCAGUGACAAAAGCUGCAUCCUUUGUGGAUAAUUGUCAUAAAAAGAAAUGUUCAGAUGUUUAGUUCAAUGUACAGUUCAAAUAAUUGUUUAGUUGUUAUAUUGACUGCUGUGUCGACGGAGUUGUAAAAAGGGGUCCCGGAGAGAAUCAGGAAAAGGCUCAGAAAACACAGGCCACUAAAGCAGUGCCGGCUUUUGAUGAUCAGGUAUCAGAAAUGACCUUACAGGAGAUGCUGUAGGAGGCCAUUGAACAGAUUGUCACUUUACAAUUAGAAGUCCCGUGGGAACAACAAGAAUAUUUACAAGAAAUACUGGAAUGGCCACUAUUCAAGGAAUAGGAGUCCAAGGAAACAAUAAACAGGCCAAAAGGAGAUGGGAACGAGUUGCAUGAGGAAAAUGCACCUGGGACAGAGAAGAGAUUAUCCUGGCACAGGAAGAAGAGUACAUAGAGGGGUUGAUGAUAAACCUGUAUUCCCGUAUCACACCCAGACCGAUGGAGGAAGAACCAGCAGGCUUCUGGGGGGAUGGAAGGGAAGAAAUGGAGGAGAAUGCAGAAUAUGUGGUGGUGGAUGAAUGGGAUGCAGAACUGGACUUUGGGGAGAAGGAGGAAAAACAGCAAGAGGAGCUGGAAAAGAGAGAAGAAUAAUUAAAAAAA